UCUGUCAAUCGCCCUGUCAUCUCCGUAUUUAUUCAGUGUUGCGGGUGGUCGCGAAAACCUAUUUAAAGCCGUAAUAACGGGUAGGUUCGGCUCGUGCGAUUUGUCGAUUGGGAAUAAAACGAUCUCGAAAUAGAAGAUUGGUGCGUUUGUUAGCGGUUUACGCGUGCGAAACAGUCCAAGGUCCCGGGUCUAGUUCGGCCUUGCGUCUGACACAUCCACACACACACACCCAAGAUUGUUAAAAAGUUGUGUUUUUUAAUAACCGUGUUUAGAGAUAAUUCGGUCGCGGGUAUCGAGUGAAAAUGCAGGCCAUCAAGUGCGUGGUCGUCGGGGACGGAGCUGUCGGUAAAACAUGCCUGCUGAUAAGCUACACGACGAACGCGUUUCCAGGAGAGUAUAUACCUACCGUGUUCGACAACUAUUCAGCGAACGUGAUGGUCGACGGAAAACCCAUAAACCUGGGACUCUGGGAUACGGCCGGCCAAGAAGACUACGACCGAUUGCGGCCCCUGUCCUACCCGCAGACUGACGUGUUUCUUAUCUGCUUCUCGCUGGUGAAUCCCGCGUCGUUUGAAAAUGUCAGGGCCAAGUGGUACCCCGAGGUGAGACACCACUGUCCAAACACGCCCAUAAUCUUGGUCGGCACCAAACUGGACCUAAGAGAUGACCGGACGACCAUAGAAAAGUUGAAAGACAAAAAACUGGCACCCAUUACUUAUCCCCAGGGUUUAGCGAUGGCAAAGGAGAUCAGCGCGGUGAAAUACCUCGAGUGCUCAGCGUUAACGCAAAAGGGGCUCAAAACCGUGUUCGACGAAGCGAUCAGGGCGGUGCUCUGUCCUGUAAUGCCCGUCAAACCCAAGCGUAAAUGUGUAAUUUUGUAAUUUUAGGCGGAGGGGGGGCAAAAAAUCAGUGUUACGUAAAAUAAUGAUUGUUUCGAGGUUGUUGCGUUGCCGAUCCGGGCCGCGCACGAAGUCUCCCUUCUGAAAGAUGGCCGCCAAGUUGCUAGUACUUAUACAUAAAACGAUUCGAGCCAGUUCACGGGAGGGUUUGUUUGCGGUUUUUGGGGGGGGCGGAAAGCACAAUCCUUAGGGUAAGUUUGUCAGUUUAAUCGGCGACUCGGGGGCCCCGCCGUCAAACCGUGGCGUUUCCUAUAGAGUAAUCGCCUUUCACUUUUGUUAUCGUUGAAAAAAGUUAGGUUAUAGGUGUUUUUCCGCUGGGGACGGCUAGGGCCCCCUGGGGGAUAUAGGCCAAAAUGUGCAUAAAUGUGAUUUCGUCAUAAAUUGACGCUCAUACAAUUAUUAUUAUUAUAAUUAUACAAAUAUUUUUUUUUUGAUGAAUUUUUUUUCUCGAGAUAGUUGUGCUUUUUUAAAUUUUAAUAUUAUUGUAUAUUUUGCAUUUAAACAUUUUAAUUGAUCGUGAAGUGUCGACAGGAUCGGUCGGAACGCGUAAAGAAAGGAAGAAAUAGAAUUGACAAAUUUAAAAUGCGAUACCACGAAAGCGGAAAGAGGCCCGCUUCUAGUCGAUCAAACAAAUAUUUCUUCAGCGCAUAUCUGCGUCUUCUUGGAGGUGGAAUUCUUUUUUUUUUGCCGUUCCGAUCGACUUCGUGUUGACGACGGGGACCGUUAUAACGCGAAUUUUGUCGAUCUGUCAACUUGCCGUUUCGUAAAAAAUAUCAGUAAUAAUAAUUAGAAUCUAAAGUGCGUGCUCGCGCGAAGACGCGGCAACGUUGUAGAUUAGCCAUUUCGACAUUCGGCGUCGUUCAUUUACAGCGAGGGCCCGAUUAUCCGGACGGCUCGGACUAUCGGGCGUUUAAUGUACGAUUUAGUGUUAGAUCGCGAGGGUGCAAUAGUGCGCCGCUGCCGCCAGCGGCGCGACGCUUUCGAAUUCUCGUUAAAAAAAAAUUUUUUUUAGAAGCUAAUCAAUGUAACAAAGUUUUGAAUAACGCAUAACGUCAAUGAGUGUGUAACCGGGACUACUUUGUAAAUAUAUAUAAAGAUGAAGAUAUAAUACCAAAACGUUUAUAGAAUAAAAAUUUUGGAACAUUAUUCUAUGUUAUUACUAGAAAAAAAAAUUCUUCUCUUCCCAAUUUUUACAGUG